GGAGUGAGUGAGCAUGAAGUGAACUGAUCUGUUGUACAUUUGAAGAUCGAUUGUGCAUUUUGAAGCAUCAAGCGAAUGCUGUUUAUUGAAGACCGGCUUUGAAGACAUGGCCAGCGGUGGCCAUAGGGAGGGAGAUCGCCAGGCGAGACGGUCUUAUACUCCUGAUCGUGGGAGACGUGAGUAUCGUGAGAACAGUCGGGAGAGACACAGCACGGCUGACGGCAGAGGACGAGAGAGUAGGCGGGAUCUUUCCGCUGGUGAUGCGCCACGUCGAGGACCACCAGUUUGCUUCGGAUAUAAGGUGAUUGGACACUAUAGGUCCGAUUGCUGGCGCUUCUGGACAGACCCAACGACACGACCGCAGAUGGAAGCGGACGGGUAUAUUUGCCCUCCGGAAUUUGGUAAACGUGGGAGAUCGGCUUCACCGCUGAGGGCACAGACGCCAACUAUGGUGAACCAACCAGCAGCACACAAUCGGAUUGAUGAGAUAGGCCGUAGUGUGGCCUCUCUGCAAGAGUACGUAGAAAUGGAGCGGGUGCGGCGGAUGGAACGGGAACAACGUCGGCGCGAGCGUGAAGAAGCUCGACGGGCGAAAGAAGAAUUUCGUCGGGCAGAGGAGGAGCGACGCGCGAGGAAAGCUGAAAAGCAACGUAAACAGGAGGAAGAGAAGAUGGCGAUGGCGAAAGCGGUAGAGGUGCAGCUCUCCCUGCGGCUCGGGGGGAUUCGCGAAGACAUUCACACCGAAGUUCGACGGGCGGUUACCGCCACUGUGACGAAGAACCAAAUAGGCACUACUACAGAGCUGCCGGGGAAAGGGAAAGAGAAGGCUGUUGAGGAUGUACCCUCUUCCUCGGAAACUGCAAGUGAAGUUGAAGCUAUCACUGAAGGUACCGAGAAGCUCACUAUACAGGAGAAGCGGAAGACGGGUGAGGAUCUCCCGGUGGGCGACAGUCCCAAGGUGACGACUCCGACCAAAUGCGCUAGUCGGAAAGUUAGCGUGAGGCCGUUAUGUUUGGCAGACCGACUGCAGCGUAACCGCACACGCGUCAGGAAAGCGAACCGGGGAGUUGCAACUAGGUCGUUGACUGCGGUCAAACAGCCAGCACGAGACCUGGCGAUGGAGCGGAUGGUCUAUCUGGACCAAACAAGGCGCGAACUGUCCAAAUUGGAGUACGAUCGUCUCAGGGCAAUCCGCCGUGACGAGGAUGUGAAUUACACCACGAAGGUGCAGGCGAUAUUUGACAUCGCCGAUCAGCGGGCGCUACUAAGAUAUGGGGAAGCGUUGCCUGAACCUGAACCCUUCGUCAACCUCGAUAAUGUUGACGGACACUCGAGCUUACCGCACCCACGGGUGCGAGGUCACGUGCGCUUCAGACUGCGAGAGUUGCCAGGAUUACCCCCCCUGCUCGCCAAUGCCAACAACGUGCCGAAGGCACAACGGAAUCAUAGAUUGAUGAUGUUGGGAUCAAAGAUCAGUGAAGCUUUCAAACUGUGGCCAAAUGCCAAGGGGCAGUCUGUUUUGUGCUCCAUUCAAGAGCUGAGUAAGUGUAUGACAGCUUGUUGCAUAUCGACGAGUGGGGGCCUGGAUCGGAGGGAGGUGUUUGACUUGAAAACACGUCUCGACGGCCUUGUCCUUACUCCACUCGAUUGGAACCCUGGCGAGACACUGGUUAUGUGCCCUUUGUUGUACUACGAGGGAAUGAUGUCUUUGUUCAUUCGGAACGACGGGUACCUCCCGGUUGAAGGGAAGGUUUCCACCGUACUGGAGGAGAUGAAAGCUGAUCUGGAAUUGGAUGGACUGACGGAAUUUGCGCGGUGGGAUAAGAAGGGUACGAUUGGGCAAGCCUACGCCAUGCCCAAGCACAAGGACCUGGACAAGUUUAGACCCAUUUGCCCUUCUUAUCCGGAGCCAACAGCCCGGACAAGUCGGGUAGUCGCAAAGGGUUUGAACCAUCUCUUGUUUAACCUUCCUCAGGAUUGGCACUUCAACCUGAAGGCCGUCUCGGAUUUAAAAACCACCUUUGAGAAGUUCAAUUGGAAUAUCGAGAAAUGGAAUGUUGAGCCGGAGAUUGAAGCAAGAUCUUUCGAUAUAAAGGACAUGUUUAGCUUGCUCCCGCAUCAGGAUAUUUUGGAUGCCGUAGAUUGGAUUCUCGACUUCCACACAUCGAAGAAUCAUGUGUUUGUAGGUGUUAAUACACGAGGUAGAGGCGCAACAUUUGGUCAGACAACCGGUUACGAUCAUUGGCGAAGAUUGGAUUUCGGGGAAAUACGCAAAUUCGUUGUUUUUGAACUGACUCAUACCUUCAGGACAGCGUUGGGGGUGCUGUUGCAACAGAAGGUUGGCAUACCGAUGGGGAAGAGUACGAGUCCCCCACUGGCAUGCAUUAUGUGCGCUCGUGCAGA